CUCUUAUCCUCUUCAGUGUUUGGCUGUUGAAGCUAAAGCUGUUUAAUGACUAUAAACACAUAUUGAUUGCAUGUACCUUAGUAGGGGCUAAUAAAUCGAUAGGAGUGGACUUGACAGACUGUCAGUAUGGCAGAGGGGUUUUUAAUGGAGGUGUGUGUGGACUCCGUGGAGUCGGCUGUCAAUGCUGAACGAGGAGGUGCAAGUCGACUUGAGCUAUGUUCAAGUCUUCUGGAUGGGGGGCUUACUCCCAGCUUAGGUCUGCUGCAGGUAGUGAAGCAGUAUGUCAAAAUUCCAGUCUAUGUCAUGAUCCGGCCCCGUGGUGGGGACUUUCUGUACUCAGACCAGGAAGUGGAGGUGAUGAGGAAGGACAUAGAGCUGAUGAAGAGCCACGGGGCUGAUGGACUGGUCCUGGGAGUUCUCACAGAGGAUGGACGGGUGGAUGCAGAGCUCUGUAUGGAGUUUCUGGCUGCAGCCCGACCUUUACCUGUCACCUUCCAUAGAGCUUUUGAUAUGGUUCAUGACCCAGUGGUUGCUCUGGAGACACUGGUUUCAUUAGGAGUCCAGCGCGUGCUAACAAGCGGUUGUGACACCUCAGCUUUGGAGGGACUCCCUAUUAUUAAACGUCUCAUUGAUCAAGCUAAAGGGAGGAUUGUAAUCAUGCCAGGAGGCGGUAUUACAGAGAGAAAUCUGCAGAGAAUUUUAGAGGGGUCUGGAGCCCAAGAGUUUCACUGUUCAGCCCGCUCCAGUAGGGAUUCAGCCAUGAAGUUCAGGAACACGAGUGUGACAAUGGGAGCGGCUUUCUCAGCACCGGAGUACGGCCUGAAGGUGGCAGAUGUGUGCAAAGUCCGGACACUGAAUGCUAUAGCCAAAAACACGUUGUGAGCAGUUACUGUACAAUCAAGACAGACAAACAGAUACCUCAUAUGUGAUUAUUUGUAAUUAAACUGUUAUCUAAUCAUUUCCACUAAGGCCCAGAUAGAGGAUAUUUCAGGAUUCUCUUUCUUUCAUUUUUUAAUCACUGAUCAACUAUAAACUAAUCAAAGUGUCUGUGAGGAGAGCAAAGGAUAGUUCUGAUUUAUCAGUGUCCACAUUUGUGUGGCUUCAGCAGCAAUGUUAUAAAGUACACAAGAAACUGCAAAAUUAAAAUUUCUGUUCACCUAAAAUUUGGCAAAAAGCGCUGAUCAGUGCUUCGGCUGAUUUGAAAUGUGUAUUUGUACCCUUUGACAUGCAAAGGGGGGUUAAUUUUUGACAUCACUCCUUGUUUGUAGUGGGAGAUAAUGCUUAGCUGUGACCUCUUGUAAUAUUUUUAAACAAGAACAGAAGCAUAAUCACUUUUUAAAGUUUUCUCAGAACUUCUGCUGAAAUCCAAAAAUAGUUAACAGUUUAGUGAGGUAUAUUUGUCCUCACCAUCCUCUUCAUUUGAAACAGUCUAUUAUUCUGCUGAUUUAAUAAAUAUGGUGCAAUUAUGCAGAAUCAUGA